GCAGAAUAGUUCCACUUUGUCUGGAAAAACUGCAGUCGGAAAUAUAAAGAGGACGAAGUCAUGAGACUAAGGAAAUUAAUUCCAUUUUAUUUGAAUUGUAUGUGUUAAGGUUGUAUGACGUUGUCUUCAGAGGUGUGUUUUUCUAGAGCUUGUAUGCCAAGAAGUAAUGCAGCCAACGUUGUAGUUUAUUUAAGGCGUUGGUUCCGCAGACGUAGCACAAGGAACUACCACUAACGAAACUGUGGUUUUAUCCUGCUGACAGAACUGGAUAAUAAAACAAUGGAUUUUUAACUGCUGUUCUCCAAGAUUUGAAGACAUCUCGAUUUACAAAGAAUCCUAAAAUCAAGUAAGUUCCCUCUGGUUUAUAAUCACGUCAAUCGUUGCAUCAGAGCGAACUUUGUCAUCCAGACUAAAUGAGUGUCUGGGAUGCGGACUUACUUUAAUUUGAUAAGAUAUGAACUUCUGCAAGAUUUGGAGAGAAAGCAGAAGACCAGAUCAGACUAGUUAAGGCUAAGAAGAGCGCAUGAGUCAGUUGGUCAGCUCGUAGGGGAGAGUGGGGUAAGUUGAGCCACCACCUGUUGCUUGGAAAUGGUAAAAGAAAUUGAUCAUGUGACCAAAUAUUUAGGAGAUGGCCAUCAAUUCAUGGAGUCUGUGAAGGUUAGAAGCACAUGGGUGAUGAAGGGGUUAGACAUUUAUUUCAGACAUUUAUUUUUGUAUAGUAGGGAUACAGAUCAACUUACCCCACUCCUAUGGUCAAUUUACCCCAUACACAGGGUAAGUUGACCAUAUGAGACCACUUUAAUUUGGUAUGCUAUAUUAUCUAGAAAGUUAUGUUUACACUCAUUCUGUUGGUUUGCAGGGAUGAACAACAUCUUGAAAUAUAUGCAGAUACACUAGUUAGAGACAAAACUAUGUUUGCCUUGAUGUAGUGAUCCGAAAUAUGAAAAAUGGCUCAUCUUACCCCACUCCCCCCUACAGGUUUCCUGCUGUCGGUCUCAAAGUCAGUUUACAGGUCUCUGCUGCUUUAUGAGAUUUUGGUCCCAUGACAAUUUCUUAUUCUGAUCUGUCUUCUGUCCUCAGUCCUCAAACACAAAUGCAGUUCUUUAUUGAACACACCUGGGACAGCACCCCUGUGGAUCAUGAUCCCAUCAGGAUCGUAUUUUCUCCUGGGCAAGGAGGGUUGAAAAUGGAGGUUUCUGGUCCAUUCUUCAAUGACCCUGCUGGACCUGCAGGUCCCCCUGGUGAACCCUUUCCUGGACUUUGGGAUUAUGAAGGUUAGUAGAAAGAGUGGGGCUUUUACAAUGCUGUAUGGAUAGUGAAGUACUGCUGCCACCAUCUUGAUGAUUGUACAAUAAAAAUGGAAGGGGAUAGUUAACAAAUAAAAUUGGAAAAAGAAAAAUUGCAGACCCUAGAGGGUUCAAUUUACAGCUCAUGAAUGAUGGCUGGUUUUCAGGUUACUUACACUGGUUUAAAGACCAUAGGACUAACUUGAUCUUCACUUGAUUUAUUUUUAAUAUUCUCAGUUGUGGAGACUUUCUUUCUUGAUAGUUCUACCAAAAACUACCUGGAAGUGGAGCUCUGUCCGUAAGUAUUCAGCAUUUCUGUCUCUGGAUAUAUGGUUGAAUUCCUUCUGCGGCAUAAUCUGUCAUAUUAUAUCUUUUUUUUCAUUUUAGACAUGGACAGCAUCUGAUAUUGUUGCUGUCAGGAGUCAGGCAGGCAUUCAUGGUAUGUUUGUAUGUGAGUGUGUGUAGUGUGUGUAUGUGUGUGUGUGUGUGUGGGGGGGUGCUUUGAAGUUAAUGUUUAAUUUUUUUCUUAAAAUUCUGUCUCCAGCAACAGCUGCCCAUGGUGUUUAAUGCCACAAUUACGAGCAACAGAUGGUCGGGUGAGGCUCUUCUACCCUGGACUUACUUCCCUCCCAAUGUCGACAAGAUGAACUCGUACGCCAUCCAUGGCUCAGGAGAGAAACGUGUUUAUGAGGCUCUCUACCCCAUCCCUAAGGGGGAGAUAGUGGAUGGGCAAAAACCUGACUUGUAAGUAAGCCUUUGAUUUAAUUAAUCAAAGUUAUGAGGAAUGUAUACACACAAAUAAUCUAUCCAAAAACAUUGUUUGAUUUUUACUGCUGUCUGAAUGGCUCUCAUUUAUCAACAGUGAGUAGAAACUGCCAGAGACUCUCUGACCAAUGACAUACAAUAAACAGAAGCACAAAAAAAUCCAUAUUUAUCAGAAAUGCUUUCAAUUACAGAAGGACCCAGCAAUUAAUAGGGCUAUUGAUUGAGCUGAUUAAAAGCAUUUUUAAAACAGGCAUCAUAUCAGCAUCAGCUAUUAUUAUUAAUAUGACUAUUAACUUAUCCAAUUAAAGGAGCAAUUUUCUCAUCACCUUUUAACAGCAUAUUAAAUCUCAGUUACCAUCUGAUUCUAAACCCUGUUAUGAUGUGUAGAGUAAUGCAAAUUAGUAUUGACAAAAAUAUCAGCACUUCCAGCACUGGGAGCAACCAGUCUAGCUAAGUGCAAAGAGUUCUCUCAAGAGCUGGGUCUUUUAUGUUUACGAUGUAUUACUACAAAUGGCCUCUAGAUUACUUUGACUGCUCAAAAAAAGUUUAGUAAACAUUAUACCUUUGACUAUUAUUGUGGUUUCAUUUGUUUUUACUUAGCUGCCAAAAGCACCCUAAGUGUUUUGGUUUAACAAGAGCACUUACCCAUACCCUCUGUAAGACCCUCUGUCUUCUCUGAUUGGCAGAGAAGUGGGAGGUGGUUAGGGCUUCAUGUCAGGUGUAGGUGUGUCUGGCCUGCAGAGGGACACCUUGUCUAAUGGUGAGGUUGUGUAGCACAUAGCAAACCCUGAUGAAAUGGCACACUUUACAGUAUUUAAACACAUCACACAGCUUGAAAUGCUCUUUAUACAAUACUUGAUAAAUUUCGUUAGGUGUAUGAAUCACUAUUUCAGACAACUCAGUAUUUCAGCUGCUCUUUAGCGGGCCUGCUGGGUGCUCAACUGGCUCUUGAGUAUACAUGGGCCUGGUUACUGCUCUUUUUAACUGGGUCCCCUGUAAACCAACAGCAUCAGUCACUGUCUGAGUGAAUGAUGCUGAUCACCACAGAUGAAACUUGACUUGAUAGUAAGGAGCACACAUAACUUUAGGGGCACAAUGAAAAUGUAUCAAAUAAUGUGUGUCUUAUUGGUCGACAUAAGUACUAUCGUUUGAGGUCAAUUGGAGGUCUUUUGGUCACAUGACAUGGAAGCUAUUGAAGAAGAUGUUCAAAAUUUGCCUUUAAAUUUAACACAAAUUUUUUUUUAGAGGACAAAUUAGGGAAACAGAGGUGUGUCUUAUUGUCUGACCUUAGUACUAUUAUUUGAAAUCAAUUUUAGGUCAACUGGUCACAUGACAUGGAAGCUAUCCAAGGAAAACAGCCUUUUCUGAGAACAUGAACCGGUAAUUUAUUGAUGGUCCCUUAUUCAACACUCGACGUUGACGGCGAUGUGCCAAGUCGAUUUAUCCUUGCUGUUGUUGCCAUUCCUGGUUAUGGAGAGUGAGAAAACACCGGUAGUUGCGCAGUGAAUGUCUGUUGAAUAUCCAACCUAAAACUAACUUCACCAUGGUAUUUUCAUGAAAAAACAUUUGUUGCCUCAGCUGAUUUUUUUUAUGGGCAAAUGUGCCUCUAAAUACAUUUUACAAUUUGCACACAUCUAUUUUAAGUCCCAAAUGCGAGUAAAAUGGUCACACUGUCGAGCUCUGCUAUCCAUCCAUCUAUCUGUCUGUCUGUCUGUCUGUCUGUCUGUCUGUCUGUCAAAAAAAAUAUAUAUACGUAUAUAUAUUUACCUUUACAUUUUAAUUCUAGCCAUCGUUUGGAGAACUUCCAAAACUUCCACCUGCAAAACAUCAUGGGAGACGGAUGGGUCCAGCCACAGUCAGACCUUUGGAAGCGCUAGCCCCUUUCUCUCAGGCUCUGUCUUUCUUCACCGUCUUUCAGAUGUGGACCCUGGCAAAUGUCUGGGAGAUUGUCCAGAAGAUCUGCUGUGGCAUUCUCAGCAUGAGCUCUCUUGUGCUAUACCUCACAAUGAUUUCUGUGGGGUUGUAUAAAAUGUUUCAGGUGAAGUCAGGGGGCAAAAAUUCAUACAACUGUCAAAGUUUGGUAAUUCCAGGAAGUCUUUAGGAACUUUUAGAGGUUUUUUUUUUUCUCUUUUUCUUGCUUAUAAAGGAGGUGUCUGUGCCUUACAGAUGUUGUUGUUACUUGAAAAUUACUUAAUCACUUUUGGUUCGUCUUAAAUGCCAUUGGAUACCUUUUCUAAGGUUUUAUUAUCUUUGAAAAAAAUGUUAAUACAUUUUACGAAAUGUCUCAAAAAAGGAUGUUUACUUGUUAAUCAAUAAAGAUGAAACAUGUUUUCUUUUUUCUGUAAAUUCAGUUUUCUGACUAGUCAUUUUCAUUUUAUGAACUUACAAGAAAACAAGUGCAAUUGACAAUGGUGCCCCAAACCAUUUUGGAAAAUAGAGCCCCUCCCAGCAGUUUACGUAAAAAUAUGAUUUUUCACACACAUAGCCAGCUUACCAAAAAGCCGUGCAUGCUCCUGUUCCAAACACACUAUGCAUCAUGGGGGUCAAGACCUCAACACAUUAAUACAAUAAUGUCUCAUUCCAGUUGUAGCGCCUCCUGGGGCCAGUAGAGAAUGUCAUGCUGAUACUUUAUGAGCUGGAUCUCCAAGACCACUCUACAUAUUGUCAUCAGUUUUUGCUCAGGAUAACUUAAGUCGUUCAUCGAGAUGUGUGCCGAAAACUGUGAGUUUUUGACAGAGAUCAUGGUCCGCAGGGUGCGACAGAGUUAAAUUAUUACACGAUGCCUCGCUGUUAAAUUUCAAACCGCUCUAGCUCAGCCCUAUAUCAACAUUUCUGCAGACUAUUCACUGUGCUUAUGAGAAGUCACAGCCUGAACACAUUCAAUUUACAACUUUGUCAAAAUACUUAGCACCGGUUGAAACUAGAGCCUUCCUCAUACAAUACCUGGAUUCAAAAAGUUUGCGAUAUUUAUCAAAUGGAGCAGAUCACAUUCACAGGCUUCACAGGGCCUCCUUUACUAAAAGAUGGGAAUCUGUAGUACCUUUAUUGAUGCAACGACAGAAUGUGUUUGUGAUUUAAAGUUCCUUCAAUCCAUAUCGAAAUGCUGUCAUUCUGUCUUUGACUUGAAUUUAUGCUUAUAAAUUUGUAUUUAGGAGUGGACAUAAUUUGUUUGCAUUGAUGACGACUAUUAUCUUCUUUGAUUUAAUCCUACAUUACCUCUGAAUUUCUGUAAAAGUACACAUACAGCUGGAAAAGGGAAAAACAAUGUACUGUAUUGAAAUGUUCACACUGUAUUGUUGUGGAUAAAAAUCGAAUAAAAACUAAGUUAAAAAAUACACAGCA